GAUCACGACGCAGAAAAGUCGUAUUUUUGUCGCGUUCCGUUUUCUUUGAGUGUCUUUUCUCCAUUGACGGUGCCGUUGGAAAAAUAGAUUUUCCAUCACAGUGCGUGGCCGUUUUGCAUUGCCCUGGCAAAGGAUUAACAGUUUAUGGACAGAUGAUUGCUGGAUAACCCCAGCGGCCUCGGCAAGACAACAAACGAAACCACUUUCUAACAGGCCACGAGGCCGAACGACGUGUCCAAGAGGUGUGGGCGUGGGUGCUGUAGAGCAGAAGCGGGUGUUUUUCACCUUUUUGGCUUCACCGUCGAAGUCGUCGUCGGCAGCCGAACUGAGAACUUCGGUCCUUCGCGGUAGGGUUUUCGCAGCUGUGACACGCUUCGGUUGGGUCGUGUCCCCUCUUACAAAGAUAGUACGGAAAAUUAGCCAUCCAUUUACUAGCCCUUUACCCCGUCGUGAGUAUUGUAGUGUGAUUGUUUAUUUACCAGCAGUGAAGACGUGGUGCUUAAGAAUAAGAGCUUCGACGAAUUUUGUUAAGGUUUUAUAAGGGCCUUUUAAUCGGAAUCUAGUUCAACGGUGUGAUUUUGGAAGAUUGCAGCGGAAUUUUCGGCAGCUUUCGGAAGUGGGUGGUGAAAGUCGAUCCCUAGAGCGGAGUGUGCGGAAAUGAUUGCAUAAGUUCUUUUGUUCUGAGCAGCAUAAUCGUGCAGAAAAAAAGGAAGAAAAAUUCGCAUAAUACAGUGUAGAGGAGGAAGAAAAAUCGAUUGAAGUGUGUUUUUAAAUCGAGUGAUUCUGAAGAGCUGCUUGAAAGGAUAAAAGCAAUUCCAAAAGUGUCGGUUCUGAUUGCAUUUGCGAGAAGAGAUCGAAGUGCGUACUGUUGGUCGGUCAGGUCUGAAUGUUGAAAAUGUCCUCGAUAUCCGCUCAAGGAGUGGUUGAGCGUGCCUCGGCCGAGCUUUCAAAGCGCAUCAAUGGCCUUGGGCUGCGUUCGAAGCACCAUCACAGCAGUGGAAGCAGUAAAUCUGGUGAGAAGACAAGUGUGAUGGAACGCGUCACAAACGUGCUCUGCGGUGGAUCCAGUAGCAACAACAGUUCUGCACAGUCGACCAACGCCGGAAAUGCUCCUGAAAAACCUUCUCGAAUAUCCGGCGGCUCUACCGGUAGUGUCUCGAAUAGCGGGAAAGGUUCUUCAAGUAGCAAAUCUCAAUCUAACACGCCACAAACUACGCGUAAAAUAGCACAUCACCAUCAACAUCACACCGGUGCCGUAGUCAAUCUAAACCACCACGGAUCCAACAUGCAUAGUGGAAAGCUGAUUGCAACAGCUCCUCCACCUCCGCAGAUCACAACCAUCGAGCAGCUGUUACAGGAUGAACGUUUCUUGAAUCGGUUCUUCCUGUACUUUUCGUCCUUUGAACGGUGCACCUUGGCUCAGGUUUGUCAGAAGUGGCGGGACAUGUUGUACCGUUCGCCACGCUACUGGAGUGGACUGGUGCCGGUGCUGUUAUGUCGUGAACUGCGUCAAACGUCCAACCAGGAUCGCGUUAAACUGUACAAUUCAUUGAUACGUCGCAGUUUUCAUGCCGUGUGUUUAAUGGGAGCCACCGAUGAAGACGCUCUGGACCUGGUGCACUCGUUCCCGCUCGCUUCGAAACACGUACAUUCGCUCAGCCUGCGCUGUUCGUCGAUCAGCGAUCGAGGAUUGGAAGCACUUUUGGAUCAUCUACAGUCACUGUUCGAGCUUGAACUAGCCGGAUGCAAUGAAAUCACCGAAGCUGGACUUUGGGCAUGCCUAACGCCUCGGAUAGUGUCCCUGUCGUUGGCAGAUUGCAUAAACGUAGCUGACGAAGCGGUCGGAGCCGUAGCACAACUGUUGCCUUCACUGUACGAAUUCUCCCUGCAGGCGUACCACGUAACGGAUGCAGCCCUCGGUUAUUUUUCACCCAAACAAAGCCACAGCCUAAGCAUCUUGCGGUUACAGUCCUGCUGGGAGCUCACCAACCACGGAGUCGUAAAUAUAGUACACUCGUUGCCCCAUCUAACAGUAUUAUCACUCUCCGGCUGCAGUAAAGUGACGGACGAUGGUGUGGAGUUGAUCGCCGAAAACCUACAGAAGCUGCGUGCCCUCGAUCUGUCUUGGUGUCCACGGAUAACGGACGCCGCGCUCGAGUACAUUGCCUGUGAUCUAAACCAGCUGGAGGAGCUGACGCUUGACCGAUGUGUCCACAUCACCGACAUCGGAGUCGGUUACAUCUCGACGAUGCUCUCCCUGUCCGCCCUGUUUCUCCGCUGGUGCACGCAAAUCCGCGACUUUGGCCUGCAGCAUCUGUGUUCGAUGCGAAACCUCCAAGUGCUGUCGCUGGCCGGUUGCCCCCUGCUUACCUCUUCCGGCCUGUCCAGCCUGAUACAGCUGCGCCAUCUGCAGGAGCUGGAACUGACCAACUGUCCCGGAGCGUCGCAGGAACUGUUCGACUAUCUGCGGGAGCACUUGCCGCGCUGUUUGCUGAUUGAAUAAUUGAUCGAAUCGUUGUUCAGUUGGGUACCAUUUCUGUUGUGUUUUCUUGAUAUCCUUCUGUGAAUGUUUAUGGGCAGCCACAACCACGAUGUUUGGAACUGUUUUGAUAAUCGUUAGAUUGAACUUAUCCACUUACGUAAGACGAGUAAGGGAAAUUAGUGGGAGUUUAAAGCUAGUAACUAUACCUGAAGCAAGCAAGCUCUAUUAGGCAUCGCUAGAAGCUAAGACAAAUUUGCAAGUGAUUAUUAAUUGUUUGGAGAAUUAUUUAUAAUUUGAAGCCAUACUAAAAAGACUACAUUUAAAACACUUCAUCGUUACUCUUUUUGUAACUGCAUAGGAACUUCGCUGGAGUUGAACGCGAAAAAAAACAAAAGGUUUUGAAUAAUUGAGCUCAGCGGAAAGAAGUUAAUCAAGCGUGUGGACAUCAGAUGUCACGGGAUCGAGAAUAUGUUGAGAGGUUGUGCUUUUUCCCCAAACGUUGGUUUCCUGAAUGUGUUUUCCCCGAAAACUUUUUGGCAUUCAUAAUUUCCAUAACCCGGGAUUGAAAUAAGAUAACAUUGAGAGCAGCUCUUAUUUCUGGCCUCUGCUAAAAUCAUGAUCCACAGCUCACCAUGAGAACCUGUUUUUUAUUGCUGCCUGUUCUUUAUAAUUUACCACCCUAUCCCUAAAAAGGGCGGGCCAUUUGGCAUAUAUUAUACCAGAAUUAUAUCCCUUUUUUCAAAAAUGCCUGUUCUUGACGAAAAAAUGUUUUGCCAAAUGCCUCAUAAGACUAUUCUUGCUCCUUUAAAACUUGAUCACUUUCCGGGGAAAAGGGUCAUUUAGGGAAACGGCGUUCGUGGCAAAAUAGCACAAUCAUUUGGAACAUGGCGUCACGCAUGUAUGUAGUACAGUCAACUCGACCUUCCCGUAUUUUAAUAUCCAGUUAGAGGACCAAAAUAAAAAGUUCAGGACUAUCUCGACGAUCCCUUGAAAUUCAGUUUGUGCUGAUUUUGUGUUCUAUAACUCGAUGUAUUCUUAACUCGGGGAUCCCUUCAAUUUCGUGUUAUGAAGUGUUGACUGUAUUUUGAACAUUUACGGCAAAAUCGAAUAAAUGCAUCCAAAAUUGAUACGCUUAUCGCUUUUUCCAAAAUACAUCUAUUACCCCAUGUACAAGGGGGAAGGCCUGACCGAUGCGAAAAAAUGGAAAAAAUGCGUAAAUGUGAAGAAGGCUAAUCGAAUGAUUGAAUUUUUCGAAUAUUUUAUUUCGUCACAAUAUUAAUGCAUCAUUAGAGGAACUUUUUUGGCAUUUCCUGGAGUUCACAAAAUCUUCAGGCUUCUGCCAAAAAUCCUCCUAUAUAUUUUUUUUGCAAUUCCGCAUCAUAUUAGCCAACUUUUCAUGAAUAGUUUGAAUAGCAUAACGGCCUACUUUUCCUAACAGAACAAACAGUGCUGAAAAGUGCUACUUUUCAGCACCCAAAACGGUGCUAAAAAGUAGCACUUUUCAUUACUAUUUUGGGAGCAGUCAAUUUGUCAUCGCGAUGACUCUUCAUACGCAAUUCGCUGUGUCUCUUCAAACGCAAUUCAUCGAAUUGCUCUGUGGUUCUCAAUGACUUACAAUGGCUACAAGCUUACGAUUUUAUAUCCAUUGGGUGAUCCGUAUCCGUUGAUGAACCAUACGGAUGCGGAAUCAGCUCGUCCAGUGAACGUAGAGGCGGUAGGUGAGCCAGAUCAAAACUGACUGGAACUUCGUGUUCCUACACGGUUUGUGUAGGAAGCUUGACCCAUUAUAAAUAACUGUAUCUACAAAACAGACGAAAACUGCAAGCGGCAUUUUACCUGGCCCUUUCAUGAAUUAAGAAUCAAGAUCCAUUUGAGUUUGGGUGAAGCGAAAAAAUAUUGUGACAUUUACGUUUAUGGUAAUAGACACUAUUGCAUCACAGCCUACCUGAUUGAAAAUACCGAGGGCUUCUAGGCAUAGCUGUUCAUGUGGAUUUUCUUUUCAAUUUUGAUUGUGCUCCUGGAAAUAAUCCAACUGAAACUGCGUUUUUCGUAAUAGCAAAAAAUGUUGUAUGCAACUCGUUGCAAAACUCGAUUUUUUCAGCACUCGUCGUAUUUAUCCAACUCGGCAAGCCUCGUUGGAUAAAUGUACGACUCGUGCUGAAAAAAUCAUCAUUUUGCAACUUGUUGCAUAAAUAACUAUUUCACGAGAAUAUGAAAAAGGAUCUUGCGUAAAACUAUAUAAAAAAAGUUAUGCCAAAAUAAUUCUUCUUUUGAUAACUCUAGGUUAUUCUCCUGAGAUUCUUCUAAGAAUUUUGUUGUUGAUGAUUGCUCAAUGAGUUUCACCAGACAAGCUACAAUCAUAAACAUUCUCAGAAAUCUCUCCAAAGAUUUCUGAAGCUGACGCUAUUUCAGAAGGCCAAACUCUUACAAGUCAUUUACUUUAGGAAUUAUUUCAAAAUUGUGACACAAUAAACCGUGGAAUACGUCUAAAGGUAGGCAAUUCAUUGAGAAAUUCUGCAUUCUUUGGGAUCGUUCAAAUAUUACGUAACGCAACAGGGGGAGGGAGGUUGCGUUACGUAAUAUUUGAAUGAACCCUUUACAGUAAUUCGAUUAUUUUUCUGGAUUGAACAUACUUAUGAAUCUUUUGAAAUCGUAGUUAUUUUUAAGAAUUCAAUUUUAAU